AUGUCAGUAAGUUAAGGUGCAGGAUUGAAGGCAUUUUAUCUUUCUAAGAUUGAAGAGCUCUCUUUGAAAGUUAAUGAAAAGUCAUAGAAUAUAAAACGUUUGGAGGCUUAAAGAAACGAAUAUAAUAAUCAAGUUCGUAUGCUCAAAGAAGAAUUUUACUCUUUAUAAUCACCUCACUCUUAUGUUGGUGAAGUUGUUAAGCCAAUGGGAAAGAGCAAAGUUUUAGUUAAGAUAUCUCCUGAUGGCAAAUAUGUAGUUAAUAUAGAUAAAAGCAUUAAAAUUGAAGAUUGUUUACCAAAUACUCGUGUUGCUUUAAAAGGUGACUCUUAUGUUCUUCACAAGCUUCUUCCCACUAAGGUUGAUCCUUUGGUUUCUCUCAUGAAAGUCGAAAAGGUACCCGAUUCUACUUAUGAUAUGAUCGGUGGUCUUGAUCAAUAAGUUAAGGAAGUAAAGGAAGUUAUUGAAUUGCCAAUUAAGCAUCCUGAAAUUUUUGAGUCUCUUGGUAUUGCUUAACCUAAGGGUGUUCUCCUUUACGGACCUCCUGGUACUGGUAAAACCCUUCUCGCCAGAGCUAUUGCACAUCAUACAGAUUGUACUUUUAUUAGAGUUUCUGGUAGUGAAUUGGUUUAGAAAUAUAUUGGUGAAGGAGCAAGAAUGGUCAGAGAAUUAUUCGUCAUGGCUAGAUAACAUGCUCCUUGUUUGAUUUUUAUUGAUGAAGUCGAUUCUAUCGGUGGUGCAAGAAUUGAUAGUGAUAGAGGUGGUGACUCAGAAGUACAAAGAACUAUGCUUGAACUUCUUAACUAACUUGACGGUUUUGAAUCUACAAAUAACAUUAAAAUUAUCAUGGCUACUAAUCGUAUUGAUAUAUUAGAUCCUGCUCUUCUUAGACCAGGUCGUAUCGAUAGAAAGGUAGAGUUCCCUAAUCCUAGUGUUGAGGCUAGAUUAGAAAUCUUAUCAAUCCACUCAAAGAAAAUGAAUCUCAUGAGAGGUAUUAAUUUAAAGGCUAUAGCUGAAAAGAUGGGAGGAGCUUCUGGUGCAGAAUCAAAGGCUGUAUGUACUGAAGCUGGUAUGUUUGCAUUAAGAGAAAGAAGAAUUCAUGUUACUCAAGAAGAUUUCGAAAUGGCUGUUUCAAAGGUUAUGAAAAAGGACUUAGAAAAAAAUAUGGCUCUUCGUAAAUUAUGGACAUGA